CGGGCCGGCUUCACCGCUUGUGCGAGAUUGCUUCUGCGCUGUCUGUGGAGAGGUGUUCGGGUUGGGCUGUUGGGUGAAGGUCCCGAUGGGCUCGGACUUGCCCCUUAUCCCUGACUCCUCGGUCUUCUGAGUGAGUCUCGGCAGAAGGCAGUGUCCAGUGGGGGAUCGUGUGAGGGAGGCGAAGUACCACGAGACCUGAGGCUGGCUGUACGCAGGGUUGCUCAUCUUCGGGGCCACCGCGUGGCCUCGGAUUUGAGUCAGUCAUGUCUGGCGGAUUGGUGUGGUGCAGAGUAAACCUGACCUGUGUGAUUUCUCCUGAGUUACCCUGACUUAGACCCGCUGGAAAUAAGCCUGCCCCGCCUACUUGCUAGCCUGGUUGCGGAGAGCAAUUGAAAGCAUGUUUUGGAAGCUGUAAAGUGCAUUGUUAUUAAACGUAGUCGCGUAAUUUAUGUUAAAAAGGUGGUGGAUGCGGAAAAAUAAAGUUUCUAGAUUAUUUAUUUGUCUUUAAAAUAGCCAGUAGCUUAGGGAGAGUCCCUAAAGCAAUAGUUUGUUGACACUCUUAAGAUCUCUGAUGACUAAAUAGCAGCCUCCACAGUUGUAGAUAAAGUAGCAAGUAUUUUAAGACUUAAUGAUUUCAUUACAUGUGAAAUCAGUUUAUUAGAUUUUGCUUUCUUUUUUCUUCCUUAUAAGGUCCUAGAAAUAUUUGGGCAUCCAAUGAGUAUGAUAUUCUCUAUUAGAGAGAGUUUAUGAUUCAGUUAAUGAAAAUGAAAACUUUGGAUAAUAAGAAUAGAUUUUGCCUUAAUUGUCUAUAACAACCACUGGGAAACUGGCAAAAGUAGAAAAACAUCUUAAUUGCUGUAUAGAUAUGUGUGGUAGAGUUCUCUGCUACCAGUGAUGUUUAGAUAAACUUCAGUGAAAUGACUCUUCAGGAAUUGGUGCAUCAGGCUGCCUCCCUUUAUUCGGAUAAAAUAGCUGUAUGUUUUGAUGAGUGUAACAACCAGCCUCCAGUUUAUUACACCUACAAGACUGUGGUUAAUGCUGCUUCCGAAUUAUCAAAUUUUCUGCUAUUACACUGUGAAUUUCAAGGAAUUCGGGAAAUUGGUCUCUACUGCCAUCCUGGGAUAAACUUACCCUCUUGGAUUUUAGGAAUUCUCCAAGUCCCUGCUGCUUACUCUCCUGUUGAUCCAGAUUCACCACCAGCAUUAUCAGUUCAUUUUAUGAGAAAAUGUAAUCUAAAGUACAUCCUUGUUGAAAAACAGCAAAUUAAGAAAUUCAAAUCUUCCUAUGAAACAUUAUUGAACUAUGAUACAUUUGCAGUAGAACAUGAUGACCUAGUACUCUUCGGACUUCACUGGAAAAGUGUUGAGGUGAACUUGAUGCUAAAUGAAAGAAAAGAGGAAUAUGAAAAAGAAAAAACAACAAACAGCACAAAUUCUGAGAACAGCAAUGAAGAACAGUCAGAAGAGCACAUGGAUGUGAGGCUAAAGCAUUGCUUGGCUUAUGUUCUCCAUACAUCGGGCACUACCGGGAUACCUAAGAUUGUCAGAGUCCCUCAUGCAUGUAUAGUGCCAAACAUCCAGCAUUUUCAGGUACUUUUUGAGAUCACAUACGAAGAUGUUUUAUUUCUGGCUUCACCUCUGACCUUUGAUCCUUCUGUUGUGGAAAUAUUUGUUGCUCUAUCAAGUGGUGCCUCUCUGCUUAUUGUACCAACUUCUGUCAAAGUGCUCCCAUCAAAAUUAGCUGCUGUUCUCUUUUCCCAUCACAGAGUGACUAUUUUGCAGGCAACGCCAACAUUGCUUAGAAGAUUUGGAUCUCAGCUUAUCAAGUCAACUGUUCUAUCAGCCAGUACUUCUCUUCGAGUAUUAGCCCUUGGUGGUGAAGCGUUUCCAUCAUUGACUGUUCUCAAAAGCUGGAGAGGAGUAGGCAAUAAAACACAAAUAUUUAAUAUUUAUGGUAUCACAGAGGUAUCAAGUUGGGCAACUUUUUACAGGAUUCCAGAGAAGAUUCUUAACUCUACUUUGAAAUGUGAAUUGCCUGUACAACUGGGAUUUCCGCUGCUUGGAACAGUAGUUGAAGUCAGAGAUACUAAUGGUUUCAUCAUUCAGGAAGGCGAUGGCCAAGUAUUUUUAGGUGGCAGGAACAGAGUAUGUUUUCUUGAUGACGAAAUGACUGUACCUCUUGGCACAAUGCGAGCCACAGGAGACUUUGUGACUAUGAAAAAUGGAGAGAUAUUUUUCUUGGGACGAAAGGACAGUCAGAUUAAACGUCAUGGCAAACGUCUUAACAUUGAACUUGUGCAACAGGUUGCUGAAGGUCUUCAGCAAGUGGAGUCUUGUGCAGUUACAUGGUAUAAUCAGGAAAAAUUAAUUCUGUUCAUGGUGUCCAAAAAUGAUUUAAUAAAGGAUUACAUCUUUAAAGAACUGCAGAAAUAUCUUCCAAGUCAUGCAAUCCCGGAUGAGCUUGUGUUGAUUGAUUCUCUACCAUUUACAUCUCACGGCAAAAUUGAUGUUUCUGAGUUAAACAAGAUUUAUUUAAACUACAUAAACUUGAAGUCUGAGUGUAAGCUCAAUGGAAAAGAGGAACUUUGGGAAAAAUUACAGCAUUUCUGGAAGUCUAUUCUGAGUCUCUCAGAAGAUCCUUUGAAGAUUCCUGGUGAUUCGCUCUUCUUAAAUAGUGGUGGAGAUUCCUUCAAGUCCAUACGACUCCUCAAUGAGAUUGAAAAACUUGUUGGCACAUCAGUACCGGGGCUUUUGGAAAUUAUUCUUAACAGUUCCAUUUUAGAGAUUUAUAAUCACAUCCUUCGAACAGUGUUUCCAGAUGAAGAUCUGACGUUUAGCAAGAAUUAUGCCACAAAAAGAAAAUUCAACGAUGUUAGUCAAGAGGAGACCAGUGGAAAAUCUUUACAUCAGAAUUCUGUCAUGCCUUUAAAUUGUGACAACAAGAUAAAUGCUUUUAUUGCACUGAGCAGAGGGAGUCAGAUUUUGUCUCUGAAUACUACUAGGUUUUUAACCAAAUUAGGACAUUGCCCUUCAGCCUGUUCUUCUGAUUUAAUUUCACAGACUAACAUUCAAAACAUGGAAAGCUUAAAUCCUCCAGCUUUUAUUGUGAAGUCAAAAGAUCCAUCCUGUGUUGCAGAAGUUUCUGAAGAGGGAACACCUGUGAUAGAGGAUGAGAAAAUGGAGUUACGUGUGAGGUGGAUGUCAGAUACAGGCAAAUGUGUAGAUGCUUCACCUCUGGUUCUAAUACCAGCUGUUGAUAAGUCAUCUGCAACUGUGUACGUUGGCUCCCAUUCUUGUAGAAUGAUGGCAGUUGACCUUUACUCUGGGAAGGUGAAAUGGGAGCAGAUUUUGGGAGAUCGAAUUGAAUCCUCAGCAUGUGUAUCUAAGUGUGGAAACUUUAUUGUAGUGGGCUGUUAUAACGGGUUAGUUUAUGUUCUAAAAAGUAAUAGUGGAGAAAAAUACUGGACAUUUACUACUGAGGAUGCUGUCAAAAGCUCGGCAACCAUGGAUCCAACCACAGGACUCCUUUAUAUUGGAUCUCACGACCAGCAUGCAUAUGCUUUGGAUAUUUAUGAAAAGAAGUGUGUUUGGAAGUUAAAAUGUGGAGGAACUGUCUUUUCUUCUCCUUGUUUGAGCCUGAUUCCACAUCACUUGUAUUUUGCUACACUGGGAGGACUUUUACUGGCUGUAAAUCCUGCUACUGGAAACAGAGUCUGGAAACAUUCCUGUGGAAAACCACUCUUCUCUUCUCCACGGUGUUGCCUACAGUAUAUUUGCAUUGGCUGUGUAGAUGGGAAUUUACUCUGCUUUACUCACUUUGGUGAACAGGUUUGGCAAUUCUGUACCAGUGAACCAAUCUUUUCAUCUCCAUGUACCUCAGCAUCAGAGCAAGAAAUAUUUUUUGGUUCCCAUGAUUGCUUUAUCUACUGUUGUAAUCUGAAAGGUCACCUACAAUGGAAAUUUGAAACUACUUCAAGGGUGUAUUCAACACCAUUUGCUUUCCAUAACCCCAAUCAUAGUGAUGAAAUGUUGCUUGCAGCAGCAUCUACUGAUGGGAAACUGUGGAUCUUGGAAUCUAAGAGUGGGCAAUUGCAAAGUGUAUAUGAACUUCCCGGAGAAGUCUUUUCUUCUCCUGUGGUAUGGGAAUCAAUGCUUAUUAUUGGAUGUAGAAAUAAUUAUGUUUAUUGUUUGGAUUUAUUGGGUGGCAAUCAAAAAUAAUCAAGUGCAGUCCUUGUUAGAAUAUAUCUGUGAGAUGUUUGCAUAUAUUUUACCAUUAUAGAGCAUAUGAAUAUUCUUAUUUUAUAUUAAAGAUUGUAUUUUGCUUAAGAAACUUGUCUAUUAUGGUUU